UUAGUGGAGUCCCUCCUUGCACUUCCAUAUAUAACGUGGAAACUCUAGAGUUAAAGAAAGGUGAGCACCAACGAUUCCUCAAGGAACGGCUGCGCACGCUACACUCGAACAAAAUGAGUGCCUGAUCACGUGAGUCUAGCAGAUUGCCCGGAUAAUAAGUAUGUCUACUCUACUUUUUUCGAAUGAAGCCAGAAGUGAAGGGUUGUCGGUGUUGAUCACCGGUUCUAGUGGCUUUCACGGGAGCCAUCUUACGCGUGUGCUAGUCGAGGCAACCAACAGAGGCGAGGUUGCGUUUCUUCGCCUUUUUGACGUUGCACCGCAUGUCGACGACUCGUCGUAUCGUGAAAUAAUCACCGAGAGACAGCAAGGUGACAUACUCAAGUACGAAGACGUAAGAGAAGCUUGCCAUGGGAUAGACGUCGUUUUUCAUAACGCUGCAGUUGUGGAUCUCGGAGACAAGUCGCACCGUUUAGUGGAAGAAGUGAAUGUGAGGGGAACGGAAAACGUGGUACGAGCUUGCAGGGAAAAGGGUGUGCGUUGCCUCAUUUAUACCAGCUCGGUAGACGUCGUUUUCACUAGCCAAGAAGGAACGGAAAUUGAAGAAGUAGUAGAGUAUCCAGCCGAGUCUGAUCUGGUCUUUGGAACGUAUGGAAUAACAAAGCAAAGAGGUGAGAAGAUAGUUCUCGCUGCCAAUGGUGCAAAGACUGGAAGAGGUGACGGAAAGCUUGUUACUUGUGCUCUCCGCCCGACUGUUAUGUAUGGAGAGGAGGACCCAUUUAAUGUUCCUACACCUUUGAAAUUGGCUGCGUUCACAUUUGGAUAUGUUAUUCCUGUGAAAGGUGCUAAGAAUCAGUUUCAGAAUACGUAUGCUGGAAAUUCGGCUUGGGCACACGUGUGUGCUAUGAAAGCUGCUCUAACGGAUCCGAGUACUGUCGGAGGACAAGCCUAUUUCAUCACAGACGACACUCCCGCUGAACCGUAUUCACAGUUUUUGGAACCUUUUGCGUCUCGACUUGGAUAUAACAUUUCUUCGAUUGGAAUUCCUUAUUGGCUACUUUUUGGUUUUGCGUUCGUCCUGGAGUUCGUUGCUUGGUUGAUGAGUCCGUUUGUUCGAAUGAAGUUGUUUUUGAGAGUGUCUGCAUUGAGAGGGGCAACUUCUACACACACAUACAGUAGAAAGAAAGCAGAAGAACAUCUUGGUUAUAAUCCAUUGUACGGCUAUGAGGAAAGCAUAGAAAGAUCGAUCCCAUAUUACAGGAAAAUAUUAAAGAAAUGAACUAGGCAUGUGACUUUUUUGUUGUCGUUCAAUGGUUUACUUUUGCAUUUCAGUUAUGAAUUGAUAGUCUAGUUUUGCAUGUGAUGUUCAUAACAUUGAUUUCAAUGCUUGAACUUGGGUCUAACUUACUAAUUGCUCAUUUGUGUUGAUUUAAUAAGGCAAUCACUUUGAACCUUUUAUGUCCUUUGUUU